ACGGCGGUGCCGUGGCCGGGGUGUCACCGGCAGGUGGGGCCGGCAGUGCCCCACGGGGUGUCUGCGGGGCCAGGGGCUGCGGGAUGCCGUGGGGAGGGUGCUGUGGGCGCCCCGGGGUGCUGAGCCCUGGUGCCACAGGGUGGGUGCCCGUUAUGGCCCUGUGUGGGGUGGGCAGGGCGCUGUGGGGCACUGCGGGUCCAGUGGUGGGCUGUGGGGUGCCGUGCAGCGCCUCCCAGGCAUUUAAAUUCCCCCCGUCCUCAGGCUGAGGGUCUGCCAGGACCCAGCCCGAGCCUGUGGGGCGGGUGGGGGCUGUGUGGCGCCGUGGGUUGGGGCUGGGAGCGGCCGCGGGUGCCAGGCAGCCCCGUGGGCUGCUGCAGGUGCCUGCCCCUCACUGUGGCGUGCCUCCCAGGCUGAGGAGCCACCAUGGCCCGCCACGAGCCCGCCAGCCCCGUGGUGCGGCAGAUUGACCAGCAGUUCCUGAUCUGCAGCAUCUGCCUCGACCGCUACUGCAACCCCAAGGUGCUGCCCUGCCUGCACACCUUCUGCGAGAGGUGUCUGCAGAACUACAUUCCGGCCCAGAGCCUGUCCCUGUCGUGCCCCGUGUGCCGCCAGACCUCGAUCCUGCCCGAGCGGGGGGUCCCGGCGCUGCCCAACAACUUCUUCAUCACCAACCUGAUGGAGGUGCUGCAGCGGGACCCCGACCCCCGCGGGGCCCCCCCUGCACCCCUGCCCCCCCUGGGCGCCGCCACCGGGCAGCCGCUCUGCUGCCCGAACCACGAGGGAAAGGUGAUGGAGUUCUACUGCGAGCCCUGCGAGACGGCCAUGUGCCGGGAGUGCACGGAGGGGGAGCGGCGCGAGCACCGGGACCACCGCACCGUGCCGCUGCGCGACGUGCUGGAGCAGCACAAGGCAGCCCUGCAGCACCAGCUCGACGCUGUGCGUGCCAGGCUCCCACAGCUGGCGGCAGCUGUGGGGCUGGUGGCCGAGAUCAGCCGGCAGCUGGGGCAGCGCCGGGCUGAGGCCGAGGCAGAGAUCGGGAGCAGCUUCGAGGAGCUGGAGGCAGCGCUGCGGCAGCGGCGGGAGGUGCUGCUGCGCGACCUGGAGGCCACCUGUGCUGCCAAGCAGCAGGUGCUGGAGGCACAGCUGGAGGUGCUGCGGCAGGGCCAGGAGAGCAUCCUGAGCAGCUGCGCGUUCACGGAGCAGGCGCUGCACCACGGCUCGGCCACGGAGGUGCUGCUGGUGCAGAAGCAGAUGGGCGAGCGGCUGCGGGAGCUGGCGGCGCGGCCCUUCCCCGAGCACCCGCAGGAGAACGCGCAGCUCGAGUUCCACGCCGAGCCCGAGGGGCUGCGCCGCUCCAUCCAGAACCUGGGCGCGCUGCUGACCACCAGCGCCACGGCGCACACCACGGUGGCCACGGGCGAGGGGCUGCGCCAGGCCGUGGUGGGGCAGCCCUGCUCGCUCAGCGUCACCACCAAGGACAAGGACGGGGCGCUGGUGCGCAGCGGCGGCGCCCGCCUGCGCUUCGCCGUGACCGGCCCCGACGGCGCCGCGGCCGAGGCCGAGGUGCAGGACAACCGCAACGGCACCUACGAGCUGGUGUACACGCCGCGCACCGAGGGUGACUUCGUGCUGUCCAUCCUGCUGUACGGGCAGCCCGUGCGCGGCUCCCCGUUCCGCGCGCGCGCCCUGCGCCCCAGCGACGUGCCCCCGUCCCCCGAGGAGGCCAAGCGCCGCGUCAAGUCCCCGGGCGGGGGGCACGUGCGGCAGAAGGCGCUGCGCCGCCCCGCCAGCAUGUACGGCAGCGCCAAGCGCAAGGAGAACCCCAUCGAGGACGAGCUCAUCUUCCGCGUCGGCAGCCGUGGUCGGGAGAAGGGCGAGUUCACCAACCUGCAGGGGAUCUCCACAUCCAGUGCCGGCCGCAUCGUCGUGGCCGACAGCAACAACCAGUGCGUGCAGGUGUUCAGUAACGAGGGGCAGUUCCGGCUGCGUUUCGGGGUGCGGGGGCGUUCCCCAGGGCAGCUCCAGCGCCCCACGGGCGUCUCGGUGGACACCAACGGUGACAUCAUUGUGGCCGACUACGACAACCGCUGGGUCAGUGUGUUCUCACCUGAGGGCAAGUUCAAGACAAAGCUGGGCGCGGGGCGGCUGAUGGGCCCCAAGGGCGUCGCCGUGGACCGCAACGGGCACAUCAUCGUGGUGGACAACAAGGCUUGCUGCGUCUUCAUCUUCCAGCCCAACGGGAAGCUGGUGGCCCGCUUUGGCUCCCGCGGCACCGCUGAGCGCCAGUUCGCAGGACCCCAUUUUGUGGCUGUCAACAACAAGAACGAGAUCGUGGUGACGGACUUCCACAACCACUCUGUGAAGGUGUACAACGCUGAGGGCGAGUUCCUGUUCAAGUUCGGGUCGCACGGGGAGGGCAACGGGCAGUUCAACGCGCCCACCGGGGUGGCCGUGGACAGCAACGGCAACAUCAUCGUGGCUGACUGGGGCAACAGCCGCAUCCAGGUGUUUGACAGCGCGGGCUCGUUCCUGUCCUACAUCAACACGGCGGCUGACCCGCUGUACGGCCCGCAGGGGCUGGCCCUCACCUCCGACGGCCACGUUGUCGUGGCCGACUCGGGCAACCACUGCUUCAAGGCCUAUCGCUACCUGCAGUGACGGGCAGGCACGGCGGGCGGGCUGCGGCGGCAGGGAGCCACGGCUGCCCCGCGGCCUCGCCGCCCCCCACGCGCCAGCCUGGCUUCAUGUGCACUUUAUCCCAGGGGCAGCCGGGCCUGGGGGGUGAGGAUGGGUCCCGCGGGGUGGGGGCUGCCUGGGGGUCACGGUGUGGCCCCUCACCCACGGCAGGGCCAGCAUCCCACUGCCCCUGCUGACAGGGUUCCCAAGGCGUGGGGGGUGUGUGGGCAGGGGGAGUCGCUGGAAGGGCUUGUGGGGGGCUGUGGGGUGGCCAGUCCAGAGCCCCAUGCCUCUUGAGGGCUGCCCCCCCUCCCCAGCUCCCCUCCCCAGCUGUGGGGUGACUGUGUGUGCCUGCUGCCCCACUGCACUGCUGCUCCACAGCUCUGGGGGGCUCCGGGGGUUGUGGGGCAGCUGCCGCACGCUGACAAAACUGUAUGUACAAAAUAAAGUAUUCUGGAAGUACCCUGGC